CGGUGGUGGUGCCCGGUGGCCCCCCAGCCGCGGCUGGCCAGAGGAGGAGGAGGAGGAGAGGCGGGAGAUAGAGGGAUGGGCUGCGCUCCCAGCAUCCACGUUUCGCAGAGCGGCGUGAUCUACUGCCGAGACUCGGACGAGUCCAAUUCCCCCCACCAGACCACUACCCUGUCACAGGGCACGGCGACCACCUUACACGGCCUCUUCAUCAAGACCGACGCCGCCGACGCCAUCCCCUCGGUGCUAGCCUACCAGAGCCGCCAGGCCGGGGCCCCGGGCGCUCGCCGGGAGCGGAGGGAGCUGGGCAGCGGCAGCAGCAGCAGCGCGGGCACCGCAUCCUCUGCCCCGACCACCUGCAGGGUGCGCACCCAUUACUGCUGCAGCAGCGCUGAGGCCGAGACCCAGACCAGCUACACGAGCGUCAAGCAGGUUUCAACUGCAGAAGUACGAAUUGGGCCUAUGAGAUUGACACAAGAUCCUAUUCAGGUUUUGCUGAUUUUUGCAAAAGAAGACAGUCAAAGUGAUGGAUUCUGGUGGGCCUGUGAUAGAGCUGGCUACAGAUGUAAUAUCGCUCGAACUCCAGAAUCUGCCCUUGAGUGCUUUUUAGAUAAGCACCACGAAAUCAUUGUAAUCGACCACAGGCAAGACCAACACUUUGAUGCAGAAGCUGUCUGCAGAUCAAUCCGAGCUACGAAUCCAUCAGAACACACGGUUAUACUUGCAGUUGUUUCACAUAUAUCGGGUGAACGUGAAGAAACGUCAGUCCUUCCUCUUCUCCAUGCAGGCUUCAAUAGGAGAUUUAUGGAGAACAGCAGUAUCACUGCUUGUUACAAUGAACUGAUUCAAAUAGAACACGGGGAAGUUCGAUCACAGUUCAAAUUACGGGCAUGUAACUCAAUUUUUACGGCACUUGACCAUUGUCAUGAAGCCAUAGAAAUAACCAGCGAUGAUCAUGUCAUUCAGUAUGUCAACCCCGCUUUUGAAAGGAUGAUGGGCUAUCACAAGGGAGAGCUCAUAGGUAAAGAACUCACUGAAUUGCCCAAAAGUGACCAAAACCGUGCAGAUCUUCUGGACACCAUUAACACUUGCAUCAAGAAGGGAAAGGAAUGGCAAGGAGUUUACUAUGCCAGAAGAAAAUCAGGAGACAGUGUUCAACAGCAUGUGAAGAUCACACCAGUGAUUGGCCAAGGAGGGAAAAUUAGACAUUUUGUGUCUCUCAAGAAACUGUGUUGUACUGCUGACAGCAAUAAACAGAUACACAAGAUUCACCGAGAUUCAGGAGACAAGUCUCAGACAGAGUCUCACUCAUUUAGAUACAAGAAUAGGAGGAAAGAAUCUAUUGAUGUUAAGUCAAUAACAUCUCGAAGUAGUGAUGCACCAAGUCUGCAGAAUCGCCGUUACCCGUCUAUGGCAAGGAUCCACUCCAUGACCAUUGAAGCUCCGAUCACAAAGGUCAUUAACAUAAUCAAUGCUGCCCAGGAGAAUAGCCCAGUAACUGUAGCAGAAGCCUUGGAUAGAGUUUUGGAAAUUUUACGGACCACAGAACUCUACUCUCCUCAGCUGGGCACUAAAGACGAAGAUCCCCAUACUAGCGAUCUAGUUGGAGGACUGAUGUCUGAUGGCUUGAGAAGGUUGUCAGGGAAUGAGUACGUGUUUUCCAAGAAUAUGCACCAUAGCCACAGUCAUCUCUCACUGCCAAUCACGAUCAAUGAUGUUCCGCCCUGUAUUGCACAAUUACUGGAUAAUGAAGAAAGCUGGGACUUCAACAUCUUUGAAUUAGAAGCUGUCACACAUAAAAGACCUUUGGUUUACCUGGGGUUAAAAGUCUUUGCCCGCUUUGGAGUCUGUGAGUUUUUGAACUGUUCGGAAGCCACUCUCCGGGCCUGGCUGCAGGUGAUUGAAGCCAAUUACCACUCAUCCAACUCCUACCACAACUCCACCCAUGCUGCAGAUGUCCUGCAUGCUACGGCAUUUUUCCUUGGAAAAGAAAGAGUUAAGGGAAGCCUGGAUCACCUGGAUGAAGUGGCUGCAUUGAUAGCAGCUACUGUCCACGAUGUGGAUCAUCCCGGACGGACCAACUCUUUCCUGUGCAAUGCAGGCAGUGAGCUAGCUGUGCUCUAUAAUGACACAGCUGUCUUGGAGAGUCAUCACACUGCCCUGGCUUUCCAACUCACAGCUAAGGACAACAAAUGCAAUAUUUUCAAGAACAUUGACAGGACCCACUAUCGAACACUACGCCAAGCAAUCAUCGACAUGGUUUUGGCAACAGAAAUGACAAAGCACUUUGAGCACGUGAACAAAUUCGUGAAUAGCAUCAACAAACCCAUGGCUGAGGAAACCAACUCCCAUGGUGAAGGCAGUGACUGUGAAUGUAACCCCACUGGAAAGAACUUCCCUGAAAACCAAAUCCUGAUCAAACGCAUGAUGAUCAAGUGUGCAGAUGUGGCCAACCCGUGCCGCCCCCUGGAGAUGUGCAUCGAAUGGGCUGGAAGGAUCUCAGAAGAGUAUUUUGCACAGACGGAUGAAGAGAAGAGACAAGGGCUACCAGUGGUAAUGCCAGUUUUUGAUCGAAAUACUUGCAGCAUCCCAAAGUCCCAGAUCUCCUUCAUUGACUAUUUCAUAACGGAUAUGUUUGAUGCUUGGGAUGCAUUUGCACAUCUCCCAGCUCUGAUGCAACAUUUGGCUGAUAACUACAAACACUGGAAAAUGCUGGAUGAGUUAAAAUGCAAGAGCCUGAGGCUUCCAUCUGACAGCUAAAAAAGGAAAGGCCACAGAAUGAGACCUCUUAAUCUACAAGCUACACUGUGAAUCACUCAGUAAUAGAGAAGAGAGGGACAUGUGUAUUUCCCUUUAAAGUGAGGUUAACAGCUGUAGAUUAAGGGAUUAAUAGCUAAUAUUUCCCCUUAAAUUGCCCAAAUUUCCCCAUAUUUCCUUCCUGGAAAGUUAUGUACCCCUCCAGAUGAAUAAAUGUUCUGCUGAGCAAUCAUUUUGAGGUGGGGCAGAUACUUUGCAAGUUUAUUUCCUCUACUGUUGGUUACCCCAUGUGCCUGUACCCUUCCUUGUCAGACCUUGUAAGAUGGAAGCAAAUGGCUAUUUUAUGUAUUCUGUUCAUCUGGAUGAUGUUUAUAUAUAUAUAUAUAGUCAACCUUAUUCCAUCCUAUGACUUGAUUGUUUCUUGAGUGUCAAUGUCAAUAAAUAUCUGCUUCUAAGAAGGCCCAGCAUAAAAUUAACCAAACCACUGGGUCUGAUUACCAGGAAGAACUCUAUUUGUUUGGUCUUACCAAACUGUGGUUCCCCUGGACAGAAUAAAUACAGGCUCAGAAGAGUACUGGUCCAAUGAUAUCUCUAUCCAACGGUACCAGGAACUCAUAUGGUUCUCUUUCCUAUAAAGGGAUUCUAAUAAAAGCCAUCCAUAAUCGGGGGAGGGAGAGGAUGUCUUGCUCUGGGGGAUUUAUGAAUUUCAUCUAU